GCUCAGUCGCGGGCGGCCGGCGGUGGCGGCGGGCAUGGCUGGGGGGCGACGGGCGGCCGGGCUCGCCCUGCGAUGGGGCUGCUGCCUCCUGCUCUGCUGCGCCGCAGCCAGCAGCCUGGAGGUCUCCAUGCCGGCGGUGGUUGAAGCGGAGAUUGGGGGCACAGCCAGGAUCGAGUGCAACUUCUACACCCCUGGGAAUGGUUCCUACACCUCUAUCAGCUGGUUCUAUAUGGACCGCAACAACCGGGUGAGGCUGUGCCGCAUCGCGGGCAGCGAGAUCCUGGAGGAGAACGUGGAUUACAAGGGGCGGCUGUCCCUGGGGGAGGACCAAGCCCUGUCCAUCAGCAAGGUGACGGUGCAGGACGCCAGGACCUUCGUGUGCCAGGUUGGGGAAGGCAGCCACAUCAUGGGCGAGAACCAGACCAGGCUCCAUGUCUACAAGGUUCCUGAGGCCCCUGAGAUCGUGCCCAGCUCAGGAGGUGCCUCCGUGCAGAGCAGUGAAAUCCCAGAGAUUGCCCGCUGUGUGAGCAGGAACAGCUUCCCACCCCCCAAUAUUACAUGGCACAAGAACGGGGAGCAGCUGCAGCCGGAGGACAACAUGGUGAAGAUGCCGUUCACGCUGACGCGCGAGUCGAGCGGGCUGUACACGGUGAGCAGCACCCUCUUCGCCCACGUCACCCGCGAGGACCGCAACUCCCUGUUCCACUGCUCCGUGCACUACUGGCUGCGGGGCCAGCGGCGCACCGCGGACUCGCGGCGGGUCAACAUCACCGUGUUCUACCCUGCGGAGCACGUGAAGCUGCAGGUGGUGCCGUCCUCGGCGCUGGUGAAGGAAGGGGAUGACGUGCAGCUGGUCUGUGAGGCAGACGGGAACCCAGCGCCUGUCUUCAGUUUCUUUAAGAGAGGGCUGGAUGACAUCUGGCACGACCUAUCAUCGCUGGCAGACACCAACAGUGGGGUGCUGAACCUACACGAUGUGAAUAAGAGCAGCAGUGGCCUGUACAGAUGCCAGACCCUGGACUUGGACGAUAUGAGACAGCUAGAGAAGGAUGUGGAGCUUGUGGUGAACUACAUUGAAGGGGUCCGUGUGAAGAUGGAGCCACCCUCACCCCUUCAGGAAGGGGAUAGCGUGAGGCUGAGCUGCAAUGCCCACAGCCCUUUGUCCCUGGACUACCAGUGGAGGGAUGAGAAGGGCAGGAAGGUCGCGGAGGGGAACCAGCUCUUCCUGAGCAACCUCACCUUCGAAACCUCCAGCAACUUCAGCUGCAAGGUGAUGGCACCAAGCGUGCCGGGGCUGGAGCAGAGCAAGCAGGUGGCUGUGGCUGUUCAGGGGAAGCCGCGGAUCGUCGCCAUCAGCUCCCCGCUGUACGUGCGGCAGGACGAGGUGGUGAACCUGACGUGCAAGGCCAUCGCUUUCCCCAGGCCCUCUGUGCACUGGAACGUCAAUGGGACGGCUCAUGAGUAUGUGGAAAACCAGCACAUCGCCAGCAACCUGACAGUGCGUGUGAACCACGACCUGCUGCGGGCAGGAGCCAUGUGCAGGGUGUCCAACGCGCUGGGUGUCAGCGAGAAGCACAUCCAGCUGCUGGUGGAGUCCAUCAGAAAAGAUCAAAAGAUACCACAGAGCAAAGGGGUGAUCAUUGUGGCGAUCAUCGUCUGCAUCCUCGUGGUGGCUGUGCUGGGGGCCGUCAUCUACUUCCUGCACAAGAAAGGCAAGAUCCCGUGUGGCCGCGCUGGGAAACAGGACAUCACAAGGCCAGAGGCACAUAAAGACAAGAUUGUAGUAGAAGUUAAGUCAGAUAAACUAUCCGAAGAGGCGGGGCUCCUGCAGGGCGCCAACGGCGAGAAGAGAUCUGCCGCUGACCAGAGCGAGAAAUACAUCGAUCUGAGAAACUAGAGAGGGAUUGAAUCUACUAAGUGCUUUCUUCCUUCAAACCUUUCCUGCUCUUGGAUUGCCUUGUCCCACCCCUGCUCCAGUACCUGGGGAGCACGGCCAGAGACAAUGACUGCGUCACGGUGCUGAGCCCUGGUGCGCAGGGGACACCUCCCUGCCUUACCCGUCUUGUUACCUCAACUGUGGGCUUGCAGGUUGUCGACUUAGCAGCAGCAAAGCUGCACUUGCUUACUACUACAGAGAAGCCAACAGCAAUAUUAGAAAGAAAUACCCCAUUUAAGCUACCUGAUGGAAGGAUUUGAGGCGUUUCCAGGAAAUCUCUCCCGUGGGAAGGUUUUGAUGUGUUUUACCCCAAACUUUGCUCAGCAAAGCUGGUGGAAUUGUGCUUUUACUUGUGGGAUGUCCCAGGCACCUUAGAUGUAGCGGUGUGCAGGUUAGACGAGCGAGGGCUGGAAGUGGUGCGUUAGAGCGGUGUUUGUGAGCGGCUGGGGAGGUGUUAGUGCUUUGCUUUUCCUUUGACCUGUUCUUGGCUCGGUUUAGCUCGGUGUCCUGGUGGUGCUGUGCGGGGAGGGAGCUCCACGACGGGUAGCUGUGAUCCUGUGGGAGACGAGUGCCGGGUGGACAUGGGUGCCCAUCUCUCAGGCACAUGCCAGACCAAGGGCUUAGGUUCUCUGGUUUGUAGUGUGGCCUCUCCCCGUUCCCCGGGAAUUGGAUUGCUUUCAGAGGGGCUGCACAGCUGCUGGCAACAGCGGGUCCCAGAGUGCCCCCCCCCCCCAAAUUUAAAGCUUAAGGAAUAUUAGGCCAGAGCCAGUUGGCGACGUCUCAGGGUUUGUGUUUUUCGUGCUGAACAGUUACCAGCCCCAGGUUAAACUGGUUUAUUUCUGUGCUUUGGGGGCACCUCUGGCCCCAGCAGCCAGGCGGGUGCUACAGCAGCUUGAGUGGUGGAGAGGGGAGAUGGGCAAGCAGCCUGCCUUUAGUUUCUGCUGCUGUGGCCCUUCCCGGCCCUCUGCCUGCAGACACGACUCUCAUCCUGCCGCCUUCUUCUAGAGAGCUCAGCCCCCUGCAGCCCCCUUCCUCUAAGCAGUGUACUCUCAGUGCUAUGCUGUCUGCCCCCAGCCCUUGGGCAAGGGGCUGGGGCUAACCCUGGGCGACAGGAGCGAUGUCCCCUCGUGCACCCCUCGCGUCCUGGGCAGGUAGUGGGGAGCCGUGCAGCAGCCCGGCAGCCAGCACCCUAACAAAGCGGUGAGCUAUACUCGUGAGCUACAAGUGUUGUCGAAGCAAAAGCUUUGGUUUAUAUAUAUUUUUGUUGGACCGUGUGUACAUUUCCAGAAGUUUUGUCUUGAUACUUGCAAGGGUUUUUUUUAUAUAUGUGAAAAUAAAGUACCAAGUUCAAAGCCAG